AUGCUGCCGAGCAAGGCAUCUGCUCUUUCAACUCCCGAACAGGGAAUUGAAACGCCUUCUUCUCAAACAGAGAAAACUUUUGAAAAAUCAAUGCGAGCAUCUAAAAAUCAUGUUGUUGGCUCCUCUUCCGAAAGCCCAUAUUAUUAUUCGAAAAUUACUUCUCAUAAAUAUUUUACUAUUGCACAGACAUCUAUGGAACUAUUUUCUGAUCAUCCAAGCGGAAAAUUGGGAAUACCUGUACUGAGUACAGCACAACAAACUUUAAAAAGCGCGUUUAGUACAUCAUGCAGACAAAUUCAUACUCUCGGAAAUGACAAAGUGUUGUUGACACAUCAAUGUGGAGAAUUACACUAUUGUAUUAUUUAUAUACGAGAAGUUGAAAGAAAGAAAAGAGGAAUUGGUACUGAAAUGGAGAGUGAUGAAUAUGAGGAUGAACCCAAAGAAACUACAGCAGCACUAUUUCGACAAAUUAAUCUUUUACACGAUUUGACAAAUUUCUGUAUUGUGAUCAAUCCGUUUAAUCAACAUGGUUUCAACAAUAGAACAUUGAACCAGUCUGCCAUUCACAGCAUACUCAAACCUAUUGUAGAAACAAUGAAACGUCUUUACAAAUCACAGCAAAGCAUAUUGGUCCAAGGAAUUGAGUAUGUGGAUUUGAAUCACAUAAACAGAGCUUCCAUCAUAGACGCCCUUAAGAAAGGAAUUCAACAAUAUUCAUUUAUUCUCCAUGCCGUGCUUUUAGUUGGUACAAAAUUGGCUGCUAUUUAUUCUCGAGACAAAACCUGGGUUCUCCUUCCUCGUGAUUUACUUUGUCUAAUAAUUUAUAAUCAGAGCACUUUUUACAAUGAAAAACCAAAGUCCAAAACUCCAACUACUCCCAAAAAUCUUUCUGUUCCUCCAUCAAAUCAAUCAGUCUCUUCAGAAAGUAGCGAUCAGUUUAUUGAUCAACGAAUGAUGGGAAGAAAUAGCUCAGUUUCCUCAGAUGAUGAAGACGAUAACAAAAAAGAUAUACCAACCAUAGAUUCAAGAUUUGAAUAUUUAAAUUUUCAUGUUACAGACAAUCAGGGAGACUAUGAUCAAAAGUUGUGUAGAUUUGGAGUAUAUUUUGAAUUUGACAAGGACCAAGACAUGACUCUCAUGCUCAUUUGCGAAUCAAACAUUAAGGAUAUACAGUCCAAAGUCGUUGCUGGAUCUGUAGAGGCAAAAAGCUAUCAAUCGAAUGCUUCAGUUUCUGCCUCUCUCCCCAAUUCUUAUAUUGAAGAUCAAUCGGUAGAUGAAAAAGACAAAGAAACCAUUCAUGACCAGUUAAAGGAAGCAGCAAUUAGAGUGAAUGAGGAAAUUUCCAAUUUUAAGAGAUUUUCUUUUUUGAAAAUUAAGGCUGAUUCACACGUCACAAUGCUUAAUUAUUUACAUUAUUGUCCAGGACUGGUCCAUUUCAUUUUCGUCGAUCGUGUUUACAACAGAGUAUUUGCGCCAAGAAUUGUUCCUCUCAACACUACGAGCUCCAAUCAAAAGAGUGACGAAGAACAAGUAGCCUUUUUAAAGAAAAAAGUUUGGGAAAUGUGUUAUACUCUUCAGCAAUACAGAGAUGAAGGUUAUACAGAAAUUGGAGUUUGUGGAGAUGGAGUACAAUAUUGGUUCAAAGAGUGGCUUGAGGAUGAAAAAUUACUUGAACUCAAGAUGACACGAAACAACUUGAAAUAUGCCAAAUCUCACUUUGAACUCUAUACCAUGUAUCUUCCUUUCGUUUCACUUCAAGCUGUUUCGCAUCAUAACAAGCUACUGGUACAACUCUUGCUGGAUCGAAGGGAUUUGUCAUAA